CUUUUUUUUUUUGGUACCGAGCGGAGAGGAGAUGCACACGGCACUCGAGUGAGGGGACCAUAAGUGAGGGCGCAAUGCAAGUGCACGUGCACACCAAGUUCUGCUUCCUGUGCGUGCUCACCUUCCUCUUUCAACAGUGCAACCACUGCCACGGAGAUCAGAACGGUGGACAUCACCAUGACAACCACAGCGACCUGCAGAUCUCUGAGGCUCCAUACGUGAGCGCGGCUGCCGGGUCUCCAGACUCCAGAAGUCCUGAAGGAGACGCUCUGGAGGAAGAGCAGCGCUUCUACAUCCAGCAGCUGUUCAGGCGCUACGGUCAAAGGGACCGCUUAGAUUUCCAGGGAUUUGAGAGCCUGUUGUUUAGUUUGGGCCUGGGAGGAGUCAAGGUGGUAGAUGUGGAUCACGAGCAUCUAGGCCACGAUCAUGUAGCCCACCUUGACUUGCUGGAUUUGCAGGAGGGUCUGCACUCACAUUCAUCCACAAGCAAAGGCCACCACCACGAGCCUGAUCAUCCUCACCAGCAUCCCCGUUCCCUCCAUCCCUCAACAGAGCGGGGUCCAACAAACUGCAGCCACGCUCCAGCUGUGAGUCCAGCUGCUGAUGUUCCUGCCAAAUAUGACCAUGUUCACCAUCAUGGACACACUCAUCAUCACAGUGAGGAGGAGGAUAGUAACCAUAAACAUUCUGAUGAUCAUGUGCAGGAUGCACAUGAUGAUAAUCACAUUCAUGAUGAAGGGGACCAACAUGAGCAGGUGCAGGUUAACCACAAGGAUGUGUCCUCUCAACCUAAGAACCAUAAUCACAGUGAUCACAGUGGUGCUCAUAAACAUCACACCCAUCAAGUGCACACAGACACCACUGCUGUUUACCCCAAACAGAUCCCCUCUGCCAAUCUGGAGCCAUCCCAAGUCCAUCAGUCAUCUCCGCCUCCAACAAAAAGGCCCAAAAGGCUCAGAACGAAGGCCAGGGGCCAGCAAGUACCAAACAAAUCCCUCUCCCCUGACACAUCUCCGUCAGGUGAUCACGAACAUGAACACAGUCCUGAUCAUCAUGAAAAACAUACUCACAGUCAUUCUCAUAAAGACAAGAGAGAGGCUCCGGGGGCGCCUGCCACACCUACACCGAUGCUCUCCGGACAUCUUGGCAGUCUGUCGCACCAGCACGAGGAGUGUUUGAACCUCACUCAGCUCCUCGCCUACUACGGACUGAAUCCUGAAUCCCUCAUCUCCCCGAGCCAGUUCACUUACCUGUGUCCUGCCUUGCUGUACCAGAUAGACAGUCGAGUCUGCAUCCGUCAUUACCAUCAGAUGGAGGUGGAGCAAGAGGCCCUGGAGCCUGUCAGUCCUGUGUGGGUCUGGAUCUGGGGCUUUGUGUCCAUCACCAUCAUCAGCCUGCUGUCUCUGCUUGGUGUGGUUCUGGUUCCAAUCCUUAAGCAGUCCUGCUUCAAGUUCCUGCUCACGUUCCUGGUGGCGUUGGCAGUGGGCACGCUCAGUGGCGAUGCGCUCCUUCACCUGCUGCCUCAUUCUCAGGGACAACACGACCACAGCCAGCAUGGCUCCAGCAGUGACACUGAUCUGGGAACAGCCUUUGAUGGAGUGUGGAAGGGGCUCACGGCGUUGGCCGGCAUCUACCUCCUCUUCAUCAUCGAGCACUGUAUUGGCAUGUUUAAGCACUACAAAGACCAGAAGGGUAUGAAGGUGAGCGAGGAGGGGAAGAUUGGCAGGAAGCUGUCAGAUCACAAGCUAAAUCGGCGCUCAGAUGCAGAAUGGCUGAACCUGAAGCCACUCAGUGAAGACCCGGAGAGCACAGCCGUCUCCUGCGACAGCGGUCACAACGACACACAGCUCACAGAGCUCCAGACGCCCGACUCCCCCACCAACAAGACGCCGCUGGCGCUCUCAAACCCCCAACAGAACCAGCAGUCACCCACAAAAAAGAACGUCCACAAGGCCAAGAAGCACGGACACUCGCACGGCCACGGACACUCUCAUGGAGGGAACUGUCACUCAGACCAGGAGAUGAAGGACGCUGGGAUAGCCAGCAUUGCCUGGAUGGUCAUCAUGGGAGACGGCAUGCACAACUUCAGCGAUGGCCUCGCUAUCGGCGCAGCUUUCAGUGCCAACCUAACAGGCGGCAUCAGCACCUCUGUCGCUGUUUUCUGCCACGAAUUACCUCAUGAACUGGGUGACUUUGCGGUGCUGCUGAAAGCCGGGAUGACGGUGAAGCAAGCCAUCGUCUACAACCUGCUGUCUGCCCUCAUGGCCUACGUUGGCAUGCUGAUCGGUACCGCUGUGGGCCAGUACACGCACAACGUCACCAACUGGAUCUUUGCCAUCACGGCUGGCAUGUUCCUGUAUGUGGCUCUGGUGGAUAUGCUGCCAGAAAUGCUUCACGGUGACAGCGAGGAGCACAAGCGCUGCCACUUUGGACAUUUUAUCCUUCAGAACAUGGGCAUGGUGACUGGGUUCAGCAUCAUGUUGCUAAUCGCCAUCUUUGAAGACCGCAUCGUUUUUGACUUUGGCUUUUAGCGAAGGGUGGAGGAGGUGGAGCAGAGGAGAG